AUGUAUUCACUCUCCCGCGCAAGCCGAACAAUCAGACCGGCCUUCUCCCGCCGACCCUUCUCAUCAUAUCGAGCCCUGCAAUCCACAUGGACUCCCGGGCCAUCGCCACCGAAACUCCCCAAAGAAGAGCAAGAGGUGUUUGAGAAGCUGCAGCAACAGUCCAGGGGCGCCUUCAGUACGCCGAGGGAGAUCCAACCCAAAGCGGAAGCGAGAGACGCCCAAGCCGGGGUCAUCGCCGAGUCACUUGAGGGACAGUCGAGAUCAACAGAAGCGGAGAAGAUGCUCGAGCAGCUUCGAGAGCGGGCGAGGGUAGUGGCGCAGGGAGAUGGCGAGGAACUACACCCGAAUGUACGCAGAGGAGCUGCGCCGGAGUUCGCUGGCGAUACGAACCCCAAGACUGGUGAGGUGGGCGGGCCGAAGAAUGAGCCGUUGCGAUGGGGCGUGAACAGUGAUUGGAGUUAUAAUGGACGAGUCACCGACUUUUGA